AUGUCGACGGAAUACCUCAUGGGAGACAUAGGCAACGUAUUGGAAGCUCUGUUGGGUACAGCGGAUGAGCAUAGACAGGAAGCUGAGAACCAUCUACGAAAUCUCGUCGUCGAUGCUCCAGCCGAGAUAUUGCUCUUGCUGGCUCAGAUAGGUGCACAAGGUGUUGGAGGCUUUCAACUUGAUUACCGACUUCUUGCUCUCAUAUUACUCAGACGACUAGCUUUCAAACCUGUAUCUGGACUGUUCCUCAACUCAACUUCUCAGCAUGCCACAGCUCCUUUCGAUGUCAUUCGAGAGACCACCCGAGGAAGGAUCGAGACUGUUUUAUGUGCAGGUUUGAAAGAUGAGAUGGAUACCAGAAUGAGAAAAGGUCUGGGUAAAUGUGCUGCAGGAUGGGUACAGGAGAGUUCAGCAAGACACAGACCAUUACUACCUCUACCACCAGUAUUACUUGAGCUCACAGCUUCUCCACACCCAUUCCAUCGAUUCACGCCUUUCCAACUACUCGAUAUGACACCGACUCUUUUGGUCGACUCAGUUAGCGAUCCUUUACCUGCACCUCAGCUUGCUCAGAUCUUGUUAGCAGGUGUGAACGACCCAAGUGUGGAUGUCAGAGUGGAAGCUAUAAAAGCGGUACGAAGUGUUUUGAUGGAAGGUGUAACGGGUAAAGAAAGGGAAGAGGUCGGCGCAGACCUUUUACAUCAGGCUUUUAGAUCUCUACCUCGAUUACCAAGUGAAUCGCUCUCACACGCUCUAGUCCCUCUUGUAGACUUAGCAUCUGUCCAUCCCAAUCUAUAUCUUCCCUCUCUAAAUGAUAUACUUCCUUACCUUUUAUCGCUGAUCUCACCUCCAAGCACAUCGAUAUCACAUCAAUUCUCACCAUACCCACCGUCAAGCCUGCCGAUGGAACAAUGGGAAGAAAUUGCCAAUCCAUCUACAGAGAUCUUACUAUCGCUCUGCGAAUUACGUCCUACUCAGCUAGAAGGAUGGGAAACAGGGAAAGUACCUAGAGAAUUGGUGGGUCUUUUGAUAGGUAGACAAGUAGGAAGUUUCGAUGAGGAUUGUCAAGAUUGGUUGGAUACUACGAACCUUGACGAAGAAGAUGAGGAUUAUCCGGUAUUUGCUGAAGAAGCUCUGGACAGAUUAGCUAAUGCUUUUGGAGGUACGACGAUAUUGCCCGCUCUCUCAAACCAAGUGGAAUCACUCCUCACUCAGCAAGAUUGGAGAUGUCGUUAUUGCGCUUUGGUGGCUAUAGCAGCAGUUGCAGAAGGAUGUUUGGAGGAGUUACAGCCUCGUAUACGUGACGUUUUGACGAUCAUAUCGCCUACUGCCAAAGAUCCGCAUCCAAGAGUCAGGUAUGCAUUCUUGCAAUGUAUCGGACAACUUUGCUCGGAUUGCGAGGGAACAAUGCAGAAGGAGUACGCGGAUGAUGUGUUACAAGUAUGCCUGGCCUUACUGGAAGAUCCCAUAACGAGAGUCCGGACCCACUCUGCAGCAUGUUUGACCAACUUCUUCCAAGACGUUGAAUUGGAGUCUUUCGCCUCAUACCUCGAUCCGCUCGUGAGGUCACUGUUGAACCAGUUCCGAGCUGGGCCGUUGUUUUUGCAGGAGCAGAUAUUGGCAACGAUGUCGAACGUCGCUCUUGGAGCACUGGAGUCUUUCGCACCGUAUUAUCGGGAUGUCAUGGAUAUCAAUAUACAUACGCUGGCUAGCGCUACCUCGGAGUCUCAGCAGAAACUUCAGGGACGAGCUAUGGAGUGUGCCAGCUUGUUAGGCUCGGCAGUAGGGAAGGCGACAUUCGCAUUGGACGCGGUCAAGCUCGCUCAGUUGAUGAUCACCAUACAAAAUAAUUUGCAGCCUGAUGAUAAGAGGUCGUCAUAUCUCAUGGACGCUUGGACAAGUCUCUGUCAGACGUUAGGAGAUGAUUUCGAGCCAUUCUUACCUCAGGUGAUACCGCCCCUACUGAAUGCAGCGUCAUAUAAACCACCGAAAAUGGACGUUUUGGUAUCGAGUUUCGAAGAGUCUACUCCCGACAGUGAAGAUACCCUCGUAGCGUCCAACACGUCAGAGAUGGAUGAGAAAGUCCAAGCGUUUGAGAAUCUCGCUUUGUACGCUUUCACUAUGAGGGGGAAAUUCCAACCUUGGUUAAUGGAGAGUAUGGAGUUGAGUCUGGAGGGGCUGGUAGAUAAGUACUCGGAAGGUGUGAGGGAGGCUGCAGCAUUCUUGGUACCUGGUUUACUACAAGUAGCGAAAGAUUCUCGAGUAUGGAACGAUAGUCCCAAUAACCUCAUCGAAGUAUUUCAACGGGUCAUCAACGCAAUUACAAAAGAGAGUGAACCAUCUUUCCUUGCGUUAUUAUACAAAUCAUUCACCGACUCCCUACACGUCAUAUCCCUCUCCCUCCCUUUCAACCUCUCUCAACAGCUCAUCAAAUCUACUGAAGCGCAUUUAAGGGAUCUUGAAUCGAGAAGAGUGGAUAGGGAAUUACAGGCUGAUUAUAUGGAUGAAGCUGAUCGUGAGAUAUAUAUGGAAGAGCAAGAGAAUGAAGAUUCAGCGAUGGAUCAAGUUGAAAAUGCCUUGUUUAUGAUCUUACAAUUCAAUGGGGAUGAACAGGUGAAGAAUAGGGUGGAGGAGUUGAGGACGUUGAAAGGGCAAGUCAAAAAGAGGGGCUUGGAAGGAGGAGAAGUGGAGGGGUAG